ACGAAGGGUGCCCCCUGCGGGGCAGCGCCUCCCGCCGUGCUCUGCCCCAGCCGGUGGCGGGGCCGGCGGCCUCCCGGGGCCGGGGACGAGACUGGCACGGGGCCGACCGCCCGCCCCCCAUCGGAGGCGAUGGCGCGAACGGCCCUGCCCGCAGGGGGAAGGGCGCGCAGAAGAGCCCGCCCUGGCCCUGCCCCGUCGCAGUCCUCAAACAGGUCGGACCCAGGGCAAUAUACACCGGCGCGGGCGGCCCUUCCCGCCAUACGGUGUUGGAGUCGAUCAGAGCGAAAGCAUGUCUGGUAGAGGCAAGGGCGGGAAGGGGCUCGGCAAGGGGGGUGCUAAGCGCCACCGCAAGGUGCUGCGCGACAACAUCCAGGGCAUCACCAAGCCGGCCAUCCGCCGCCUGGCUCGGCGCGGCGGCGUCAAGCGCAUCUCGGGGCUCAUCUACGAGGAGACGCGCGGCGUUCUCAAGGUCUUCCUGGAGAACGUGAUCCGCGACGCCGUCACCUACACCGAGCACGCCAAGAGGAAGACGGUCACGGCCAUGGACGUAGUGUACGCUCUCAAGCGACAGGGGCGCACCCUCUACGGCUUCGGCGGUUGCGAUAAAAUUGCAAUGGAGGGUUCCGGGGCGGAAUACUGGUGUUGGUCUUUUGCUGUUGCUGCUGAGAGUCCUCGCUACCCCCAGUGCUUCUCUCAAGCCUCUCUUAAGCAACAGACGCAGGGAACUAGAAUGGCACGUACGAAGCAGACAGCGCGUAAGUCGACGGGCGGGAAGGCGCCCCGCAAGCAGCUGGCCACCAAGGCGGCCCGCAAGAGCGCGCCGGCCACGGGCGGCGUGAAGAAGCCGCACCGCUACCGGCCCGGCACGGUGGCGCUGCGCGAGAUCCGGCGCUACCAGAAGUCGACGGAGCUGCUGAUCCGCAAGCUGCCCUUCCAGCGCCUGGUGCGCGAGAUCGCGCAGGACUUCAAGACCGACCUGCGCUUCCAGAGCUCGGCCGUCAUGGCGCUGCAGGAGGCCAGCGAGGCCUACCUGGUGGGGCUCUUCGAGGACACCAACCUCUGCGCCAUCCACGCCAAGCGUGUCACCAUCAUGCCCAAGGACAUCCAGCUGGCCCGGCGCAUCCGCGGGGAGCGCGCCUGAGCUGCGGCUCCUGCCCCGCCACGACC